AUGGCGAAGUCCCCGGGGCCGCGGCGGGCCCUCCGGGACCCCGAGCCCGGGGGACACUACCAGUUCCGCAUCAUCGUGCUGGGGGACGCGGCCGUGGGGAAGUCGUCGCUGCUGCACUGCUUCGCGGAGGGUCCGGGCGGGGGGGCGGCCACCCCCUGCCCCACCGUCGGCGUGGAGUUUUACAGCCGCACCGUCCUGCUGCCGCCCGCCGGCAAGGCCAAGCUGCAGCUCUGGGACACGGCCGGCCAGGAGAGGUUCAGGCUGGAGCCAGGAGCUCCUGGGAGCGUGAAAGAGGCUCAAAUGGGGUGCGACGGGCUGAAGAGCUGGGUGCUGCGGCUGGAGCAAGGGGUCCCGCGCUACCCCCACCCCUGGGAGCCUUUUGGGGGCCCCAGGGUGGCCGUCAUCCAGACGGUGGGGGUGGACUUCUACGUCCAGUUCGUGGAGCUUGAGCCGGGGCUGCGGGUGAAGCUGCAGUUCUGGGAUACGGCCGGGCAGGAGCGGUUCAGGGCGCCGCGGUGGCCGUACCAGUUCCGGGUGAUCAUGCUGGGGGACUCGACGGUGGGGAAGUCCUCGCUGCUGCGGCGCUACACCGAGGGCGUCUUCCUGGACGCCGUCAACCAGACGGUGGGGGUGGACUUCUACGUCCAGUUCGUGGAGCUGGAGCCGGGGCUGCGGGUGAAGCUGCAGUUCUGGGAUACGGCCGGGCAGGAGCGGUUCAGGUCCGUGACUCGCUCCUACUACCGCAACUCGGCCGGGGGGAUGCUGCUCUUCGACCUCACCAACCGCACGUCCUUCGAGAGCGUCCGGCAGUGGCACCGGGAGGUGACGGACACGGUCCAGCCGUUCCGCAUCGUCUUCUUGCUGGUGGGGCACAAGAGCGACCUGGCAGGGCAGCGGCGGGUGGGCAGGAAGGAGGCAGAGAAGCUGGCAGCCUCGCUGGGGGUGCAGUACAUCGAGACCUCGGCCAAGGACGCCAGCAACGUGGUCCAGGCUUUCCAGAUGCUGACGCUGACCAUCUACCAGGCGCUGCAAACGGGGCGGCUGGCUCCCACCGAGGCGUGGGAUGGGGUGAAGAGCAGCGUCCCGCUGCCGGUGCUGCUCAAGGCUCAGGUGCCGGAGAAGGAAGAGAAGCGGCAGAGAUGCUCGUGCUAG